GACUGUUGGGGUCGGUGUGCAUCUCACAUACAGAUCUCAACCCUAGAAACCCAGGAUGGCUACUCUGAUCUUUGUGGACAAGGAAAACGGACAAACAGGCACCCGCAAGGCUCCUAAGGAGGGGCUGAAGCUGGGGUCCGGGCCUGUCAAAGCCUUAGAUGGGAGAAGUCAGGUUUCAACACCACGCGUUGGGAAGGUCUUCAGUGAUCCAUCAACCUUACCUAAAACUGCCAGGAAGGCUUUGGGCACGGUUAACCGAGCUGCAGAGAAGCCAGUGAAGACUCAUGGACCGCUCAAACAAAAGCAGCCAAGCUUCACGGGCAAAAAGAUGACUGAGAAGACUGUGAAAGCAUCAAGCUCUCUUCCUGCCUCCGAUGAUGCCUACCCAGAGAUAGAAAAAUUCUUCCCCUUCAACCCUCUAGAUUUUGAGAGUUUCGACCUGCCUGAAGAGCACCAGAUCGCACGCCUCCCCCUGAGUGGGGUGCCCCUCAUGGUCCUGGACGAGGAGCGGGGGCUCGAGACGCUGCUGCAGCUGGGGCCCCCGUCGCCCAUGAAGCUGCCACGUCCCGCUUGGGAAUCCGAUGGGCUGCAGUCUCCCUCCAGCAUUCUCUCCUCCCUGGAUGUCGAAUUGCCUCCUAUGUGCUAUGACCUGGAUAUGUAAAGUUCUUACUGCCUUGUGGUUUGUGCGUUUGUGUUAAUAAAGAGUGUCUUUGUGUA